AUGCUGCUCACCUUCGUGGCGUUCUUGCUCCUCGGAGCUGAGGCCCGUAAAGGAGAGGGGCAUACUGACCUCAUGCUUCCUGAUUGUGUAUCAGGCUGUAUCAAGGACUCUGGAUGCGGCCCAGGCGAUGUCAAGUGUAUGUGUAAGGCGUCUCGGGGAAGCUUCUUAGUAGACGUCGUGGAGUGCAUGCACAGCGAUUGUACCACACGGGCGAUACCUGUGGAUGAUUUGUUGAGCUCCUUGGAGAAUGCGUGCAAUGCCAUAGGGAGAACCAUUCCCGCGUCUGCGAUAUCAAGUGCAGAAGCGGCACAGAGCACCAUCGAUAAUCCCAAGCCAACGAGCACGGUCCUAUCUGAGACCAUUACGACGGAAACCUCAAAUGUUCAGACCACUUAUCCGGCAACCUCAAAACCAGAUUUAUCACAAAGACCGUCGUCUACCACGGUAGCAGAAUCAGCUACUAAGACUUCCAUUUCAACCUCGACUUCAACUUCAGUCAAGAGCAGUGGCCAAGUCUCUGCUACUACCAGGCCGUCCACAGCAAAGGCUUCAACUACCGAGUUUGUUUCCGAAUCAGCAACAUCAACAGACACUGGAGGGCCGGUCGAUCCCACGGACUCAAGCCCUUUCGCCGCUCCGAUGGCCUCGGGCCGUAAAGAACAGGCGUCCGUGUUUGGUGCUGUCCUUGGCAUGGCUACUAUAAUAGCUUUCGGCUGGUAA